UGCAGACCAAGCAUCAGAAGAGGAAUAAGCCUGUACAGGAAAGGAGAAGAUUGCGCACUCAGACAAAAUGGAGUGCGCCGGUAAAGGACGCGGAACUCGUUGCAUUGGCCCGCCAACGAGACGCUGUGGACGUUGUGGCGCUGUUUCUUAUUGCUCCGUCUCUCACCAGAUUUCUCAUUGGAGUGACCAUAAAGAAGAGUGUGAAAGGCUAGAGCAACACAUGAAGCGCGCUGAUGACUUGAAUGAUUUUCCUUUCACUUUUACUGCAGAAGCUACACUUCUGGGGUUUGAAAAGCGGGAGAGUAGAUGUUCGUUUUUGAGCAAAAGAGGCAUUCAUCGACAGGGGAUGUGGGUAUGUGAAUGCCGUUGUGGGGCAUCACUUACUUCCUUUGAUUGUUUAAGGUCCAGGGAUGAAGGUUGGAAUCUCUCCAGUGAUUUAUGCCCAUGUCGUGGGCCUCCAUCUCCAAUUGCAAAGCAUUUAAAAAGCUGGGCGGAUUACUAUGAGUGGAGAUGCAUCCCAUUACAUUCGCCUGUUGCUUUACUUCUUCAUUGGCCACUCAUGAUUUACCAUGCCACUCAAGUUGCUUCUGUAAGAAGCUUGACUGUUGAAAACUGUAAUGAACUGUGCAUACACUAUCUUGGGCCUGAAAAAGAGCUUUUACAACUUGCUGCCUUCUGGGAGUUGCAAGCACUUUUCCCUGGCAUGAAGGUUCAUAUACAAUUCAUUGGACCUGCAAUUCCAGAACAUAGGGAUGGUCAGAAAAUUGAUCUUUGCAGUUAUGCUCAUUGUUUGGAUACAGAUUGCAUCUGUAGGUCCUUAAGUGAAAAUGUGAACAGGGGGGCAGUCACUGAUAAAUCCUCAAAUGUGACAGUACAGCUUCACAGAGGAUAUUACCAUGACCGUUACAGAGAUUUUGCAGAGGAUUCAUUUCCUCACUUAAUUAUUGGUCCAAAUGCUGGCAUUGCUGCUUAUCCGAGUUGGUUACCUACCAUUGAGCUGAUAAAUGAAAUAGGUGUCCCAGCCGUAUUUUCUGAUUACUGUGAAGAAGCUUGUCAUCUAGCAGAAUGCUGCAUAACCAGGGUAACUGGCCAUCCUCUUGCCAUUCCGAUUCAAAUAAAUCCAUUCAAGCAGCCAAUGGUUGUAGAAGACAACGCCCUUCUGCUUCCCUGCUAUUCAAAUUGCUUUCUAUUUGGGAUGUAAGAAGUGGCCAUCUUAUAUGGAGGAAGGGUGGCUUCAAUUGUUGUUGUGAACUUACGGCCAUGAUUGUAUAGUCACGUCACGACUCACGUCAGAUAAUUCCAGAAUUUUUCACUGGCUUCUUAAAGCAUGUUGAUUGAAUCAAGUGACUAGGAACUGAGAUUAUGUUUUGCAAUUGAGACAUGUUCAGUGAUGGAGCAAACUGGGAGCCUGUCCUAGCAGGAGCUCAUUAAGGCUUGGUAAGCAUCACCAACGUUGUUUGGAUGCUAUGGUAAUAGAGAUCUACAGGUUUUGUGGCUGUAGAAUCUUGAUGUCCAUACAAUUUGAGCAAAAGAUCAAGAAACUUUUGACCAGGGUAAGUUACAUUAUCGAUAGUCCCGCUUCGUUCAUGAUGGUGGAAAUUUCAGAUUCUUCCAGUGAUUUUGAGGAUGUCUUGGGAAGCUGUUACCGGCUAAUUGACUCAGUAGCAAGUUUAUGAUGAUGGAGCCUAUUAUAAUGUUUCGGGAUUGAAUAUUUUUUUAAUAAGUAUUUCUUUUUUAUUUAUGAAUUUCCAAGAUAAAAGAGUAACGUGUAUCAAUAUUUACAUUUCAUGAGCAGGGGUAUAAUAUUUGAUGGUACAAA